CGCUCAUUUACUACAUUUUUCCUUUCCCUUGCAAUCCCGCUUUUUUUUUGUCAUUCUUAACGAUUUUAUUCCUUGUCGUGGAUUCUCACUCUGAUAUCGUGUAAGUCUGAUCAUAUUCACAGAUAACAUCUUAGAAAUAUUAGCCAUAACAAACUCAAACAUCAUUCUCGCAUCAAUCACGGCAACUGCACUCGUAUACCUGUCUUAAAUCCAAUAUUUUUGCUUUGCACAACGAACAUCUCGCUCCACCUUGCUGCAUUAUAGGGCAAAUUAUAAGCAUUCAAUUUCAAUUGAUCUUACUGUCCCCGACCUUCAUCUUCUUCCCAUUUUUUGUUGCUCUACCUCUGCUUGUUCUAAGUGAAAUUUACUUCAUGAUACGAACAUUUUUGAACUACUAGUAAAACUUAGUAGAAGAUCAUAUUAGAAAAAAAUGAUGUCUGCUCACAGAGCCUUUUCUCAUCUACACCGUAAAGGAGGUGUACAACUACAUGUGCAAAAGGCGAUCAUUGGGAGACCACAGCGCUUGACCCCUAGUCGUGCUGCGUUCACCCAGUCAAGAACUAGUCUCCGGAACUUCGGUACGACAGGUGAUCCUACCACGACGACUCUGGCUGGAGCAGGUGAAGAAUCUUCCUCCUCGUCCACCUCCCGAGCCAAGGCCUUGCUGGCUGGAAGCACGCUGUUGCUUGCUGCACCUGCCUUGUUGGAUCAACUCGAUGCUGAAGAGACUGUGCCGGGUUUUGAUCCCAAGGGAUGCCGUCACGACUUGACGACCUACUUUGGCCGCGUCAAGCACAUGAAGGACAUCACGGAUAUCAGCAGUCUACUCGUGACGGAUGAAGAGUUGAAACAAUAUCAGAAAAUGUUGAAGUUAUGCUUCGAACUACUACACGUACAGUGUACACGACCUAGGAUCAUGUCAUUUCUUGAUAGUAGAUUUGAAUUCGGAAUAGUUAGAAAAUGCCUAGUAUAAGGAGCAUAUUAAUUCGUCAACGAACAUGACAAAUACUUGCGUCGAUUGCCUCACCAUGAUGAUUAGCCUGACCCAAAUACAUCGAAGCCCUUUUUUUUCUCGUCACAAUAGAUACCAAACACCCAAAAAAUUAUCCUACACCCAAAAGAACAUCCUUCUCCCCAUCUAACCUCCGACUGGAAGAAGGGCAAAACUUAUACGGAGCAAGAAACUCUCGACCUUUGGAAGGCUAAGAAAGUCGUGGACGCAACCAUUCACCCCGUCACGGGAGAGGUGAUGUUUCUACCAGGACGUAUGUGCGCUUACGUACCAUUAAGGCUCGAUACGAUUUAUUUGGGUUUCCUUCUGAGGAUUCCGAAGAAAUGAAGGCAAGAAACGAAAUGUUUUGCGCUCUAAUACCAGCAAACGUACCGAUCACGUCAGGCAUGUUGGUUUUUGGUCCCCGAUCAAUCUCGCAGACCGUGUUUUGGCAAUGGCUGAACCAAUCUGCAAACGUCGGAUGCAACUACGCCAACAGAUCUGGCGCGGACAUCGACAACACGAAACUGUUUGGAAGCUACAUGCUGGCUUGUGGGUAUGACUCAAUUACUUAUCUCUAUAAGUACUUGAUUCUUUUGGUUUUUUGUUUUCUAGUUAGGUGUGCUCCACCGAUAUCUAUAAGUAGUUUCUUAGGAGUUACAUGUAUGUGGUACUCACUGCUCAAAGAAAAUCAACGCCUACGUCACCUCCAGUCUUCUACGUCACCUCCGUCUACGACACCUUAAGAACAUCUUCAGGUCUUCCGUCGGUGUCGCUAUCGGCCUCUCAAUGCUUGUCAAGCGCUAUACCGUGCUGCAAUCAUUCGGUCUCGCAAUCCCCUACGUCGCUGUCUGCACAGCUAACGCAGCUAAUAUGAUCUCGACACGUAUGGAAGAGUGGAGAUCGGGUGUUCCAGUUUUCGAUAAGAAUGGCAAAGAAUUGGGCUUAAGCCCGAAGGCUGGCGCAGAAGGCGUCUGGCAGACACUGUAUUAUAGGCAGAUGUUUUGCUUUUGAUCAUGUAAGUAUUUGUUAUUUGUUCUUGUUAGAAGAAGGAUGUACUAAGUAUUUGUUAUUAUUUGUUCUUGUUAGGAGUACUUUUUGUCAUCUGGUGGUGCUGCUGACUCAGUACUACUAGUAGCAGUACCGUACUCGUAAUAACUAUAACUUGUAGUUCUUCUGCUGAUGUUGCAAUUCUAGCAUCCCAUUGUCUACUCUCGGUAUUAGUUUUCGAGCAUCAAUGUAGUCAAUGGAGGUGAAUGGUUCCGGUAUUUUUGGUAUAGCCUGAAUUUGAUCAUAAGGGAAAACAAGAAGAGAACCCUUAUGAUCAAAUUCAGGCAAUACCAAAAAUACCAGAACCAUACAGGAGGCGUCAAUGAAUAGACAACAAGAAAAAUUCCACUCAAUCUCCAACUUCAGUGUCGUCCGCGGUUGGUGUACGCCUCUUCCUUUUCUCCUGCUCCCUCCGAUCGUAAUGAUGGGCAUUAGGCCGCUGAUCCCUGGUGGUGCUGCUGUUAUGGCUUCCUUUCCACAAAUCAAUCUUGAUAAAUAAGACAGAGGCCUCUCUUUGUCUACUCGAAAACUGAAAAUAACCGAGUUACUGACUGAAAUAAGGGAGGCAGCUUUGACAAGGCUACUCUUCCUUGUUCAGUAUCUCGCUUAUUUUAGGUAGUUACUCGCUUACUUCACAAUACUUUCUUUGACUUCUUCUUUCCUCCACAAAUUCAUCUUUCUUUGACUUGUUUUUAUUCUUCAAGAAGGGCGGUGGGAGAACAGAAGAUCAAACUCAAGAAAGAUGCGCUUCAUCUUCUUCAAAGUGAAUUUAUUUUUAUCAGGCAACAUCAAGAACUACGUGGUCUUCUUCCUCUAAUGCUCCGAUCGUCGCAGAAGUCGGCGUCGUUACUGCAGCUAUGUACCUGACGUUGCCGUACAGUCUGGCACUAGGCGUGCAGACCCUCGAACUCAGUCCUCAGGAUCUCGAAGAAAAGUUCCAAAACUUGAAGUACAAGGAUGGAACCCCCGUCGAUUUCAUCUACGCGAAUAAGGGGUUGUAAGUAGUACUGUCGAUCUCAUCUACGCGAACAAGGGGUUGUAAUCGAAAGCUCAAAAUAGCCGAGUAGCCAACUGAAAUAGCAGAGCCAUGACGUUGCUCUUGUUUCAGUAUCUCGCUUAUUCGAAGUAGUUACUCGCUUAAAUUUCAGUUUAUCGAAUAAGUAGUGCUGUCGAUAUCAUCUACACUAAAAAUAAGGGGUUGUAAUUAGUACUGUCGAUAUCAUCUACGCAGCUAAUAAGGGGUCGUUGUAAGUAGGGACCAGUCUGCUGGAGGUGGAUUGUACUUUUGUAAGUAGUAAAGGAGAACGGAGGAGGAGGUGGACACGAACCGCCGUGACCACCGUCACCGUGACUAUCGAAUAGGCCACCGUCACCGUGACUAUCGAAUAGACCACCGUCACCGUGAGCUGGAUAAUGCAUGUCGUUCUUGCAAGAAAUAUUUGAGGACCAGGAAAUAUCGCUCCUUUUUAAGGUCGUUAUUAAGUUUUACUAUAAUGAAUGUAAGUAGCAAGAACUUAUUCCAUUGUAAUUUUUGUUGGUGUGCAGAUCAUGAUGAGCAUUACACAUAUGCAGCAGAAAUAGGAUGAUCAGUCAUAAGAAUUACAGAGCAUGUUCCUGUUCGAGCAUAGCGAUUCUCGAACCUAGGAAGUCCUUGUCAUGUGUAAAAAAGGGUCUAGUACAUCAUAUCUUCAUGGCAUGCUUUAUGAUGUUGAAUGAACAAUACUAUUAACGACGCCUUCUUGUGUCUUCUAAGUAAGUAAUUCAACCUGAACUAUUUACUACAAAAAUUUUUAGAGAUUUACCCUAUUUUUAUAAUCUGAAAAAAAUAAAUAUGUUGAGAUUCUGUUUCAUCAGAUUCUCACUCUCUACAUACAAGAACUGGGCUCUGUCUUUGAGCAACUUCAAUCUGUUGGGAUAACAUGUAACAUACUUUGUCAUCGUUUCUCAUAUCUACUGACCAUUUUUUCGUGUAUAGAUUCGUCUUGGUUCAUCUUGGGUGUUUAUCUUUGCCUUUGGUUUUUAGUAACUGGUACUGGAACUACAAGAUGAUCUUAUUCUUAGUGCAUUCUUGAUCGCAGUUCUUGUAUAGUCUAAGUCUAGAAAGGUGAUGUAUGAAUUGUCGGCUUCGGCGACUCCAAAAUGUAAUCGUCCAGUUUUUACUUCUAACAUUGUCUAAACAAACUUCGCGUUCAACAAUCUUCGCCUCCUAAUCCUAAUCGUAGGAUCAUGCUGGAGCAUCUUCAAUGCAGUAGAACUGGCUUCAAAUAGAAAUAACCAGUCGUGGUCGUGCUGGUCGUGGUUCGUUGUAAGCUUUUCACCCUGAAACUCUCCCUGAGGGAUGGUCAUGGUGAACAACAAAAUCGAGACACAUUCAUUACUUCCAAUGCCUCUGAGAAAUCGAUUAUCG